GCUGCAGAUCAGGCAAAACAAGAACUGUGGCUCUUUUGGAAAGCAACAAUAGUGUAAAGCCGGGUCAGCACUAAUGUCUCCCGGUAAAUUAAACAUUUACCAUUUAUAGAAGUAAUUAAAACGGUUUGUGUGGUUAUGGCAGGGUUGAAAACGAUUUUUUUCUUCUAAAGCAUCCAGCGACUGAAUCCAACAUCUGUUUAUGAAUCGUAUUAAUGUAUAGACAAGUAGAAGGACCCUAAAGUAAAGCUCUUGAAGAAGUGAAUUGCAUCUUUAUUUUCUCCAGGGUUCAGCGCUUGGACAUUUUCAGCAAGGUGCUACAAGAGGUUUGGGCUUCCCGGUAGAUGCAGUCGACCUCUGAGAUUUGUGGAUGUCAUACUUAAUCUAACUCAAGCUCAGUCCAAAACGUACACUUUGAUCCACGAUCAUGGCACUACAAAACGGUUAUUCCAUUAACUCUACCACGGACGACCAGGAUAGUGACACUGCACCACUUCUAGAGAAGGAAGUGAAAAAAAUCAUAGUGCCUCCCAAAUGCUGCUCUGUACGAUGCAAUCUGGCUGUUAUGAUGUUCUUUGGCUUUGCUGUGGUCUAUGGUCUACGUGUAAAUCUCAGUGUUGCCAUGGUUGCUAUGGUUAAUGGAACCAGUGACCAGUCACCAUCCAAUAGCAAUGUAUCAAAUGAGUGUCCAGUACCCCCCCAUACACUUGACAACAACAGCCAAAGUUUAGAACAGCCAGAUGGGAUUCCAAGAUACCCAUGGGAUUCCAAAACGCAGGGAAUGCUGCUCAGUGGUUUCUUUUUUGGAUACCUGUUUACUCAGAUCCCAGGAGGUUACCUAUCAGGUCGCUUUGGAGGAAGUCUGUUCCUAGGUGGGGGUGUGCUUGGAACAGCAGUUCUCACUCUCCUCACUCCACUGUCAGCAAAACUUGGAGCCAAGUGGCUGUUUGCCUUGCGUGCACUGGAGGGAUUUGGGGAGGGUGUGACUUUCCCUGCCAUGAUGGCGAUGUGGGCCCGAUGGGCUCCUCCACUGGAGAGGGCUCGUCUGAUGACGUUUUCCGGUGCAGGCUCUAGCUUUGGUGCCUUUGUGGCUCUUCCUCUCACUGGCUUCAUCUGCCAUAGUCUGGGGUGGCCAGCAGUCUUCUAUUCCUGUGGUGGUGUAGGAUUCCUUUGGGCAGUGUUUUGGUUUAUCUUCGUGUCAGAUGAACCUCGAACUCACCCAAGAAUUAGUGACAGAGAGAAAUAUUACAUAAUUAACUCCAUAGGUUCACAGGGGACGGCACAUGGUUGGUCAGUGCCUAUAUUGUCUAUGAUGUUAUCUGUGCCUCUUUGGGCCAUAAUCAUCCCACAGAUGUGCUCCAACUGGUCUUAUUACACUCUCCUCACCUCACUUCCCACUUACAUGGACACUGUGCUCCACUUUGAUUUGCGACAGAAUUCGUUCCUCUCCUCUCUACCCUAUCUGGCUGGCUGGCUGUUCUCAGUGGGCUCAGGUGUGCUGGCAGACAACCUCCUGGAGAGGGAGCUCCUGAGUGUCACAGCUGUCCGAAAAAUCUUUACUUUCCUUGGUCUGUUUCUACCCGCUGUUUGCCUGCUCGCUGUAGGCUUCACGGGUUGUAGCAGUGUGCUGGCCGUGAGUUUACUCACUUUGUCCAGUGCACUCGGGGGAUUCAGUGCUGCUGGUGUCUACAUUAACCAGAUUGACAUUGCUCCACGGUAUGCGGGUACACUUUUAGGAAUCACAAACACUUUUGGGACCAUCCCUGGAGUUCUUGCACCAAUUGCUGUGGGUUACCUGACCAAAGAUCACUCGGUUACAGGAUGGAGAAACGUGUUCUGGUUGUCAGCAGGGAUUAGCGCUUUUGGAGCAAUCUUUUACGUGAUCUUUGGCACUGGAAAGAUUCAGAGCUGGGCCAGGAUAGAUGAGGAAUCAAACACGGAGGAUACACACAAACAUUCCAGUUGACCAAAUCAGACGAAUAUUGAUACUUAACACACACUGCCAGGCAAACAUUUGGACAAACUUCAUACCGUUUCAUGAUUUAAAAGACAAAUAUAAAAUAUGCCUACUUUAUAAUUUCUUUUUAAUAAAUGGACCUGAUAGUGACAUUUUUUUAGGUCACUACAUAAUUCCAAUAUGUGAUAUUUUAUAGUUUUGAUCACUAUUAAUGUGGACUGUGAUAGUAUUAAUUACACUUCAUUCAGGGUUUUAAAGGGAGCAUUUGAAGUGCCUUACAACAUGUAGUUUAUUAGUCUGGCAAUAUUUUAUUCAUUGCUGAACAAUUCAGAGUUAAUCAUAAUACAAUGCAACAGAGAAUUCAGAGUAAUUCCAUUUCUUAAUGUCAUACCGUUCAAACAAGUGUAAUUUUUGUUACAGUGGUGAAACUAAACUGAUUCAGGGGUUUUAUCUAAAUGUAAUUACAUUUGAAAACACUUAUUAAUAAGCACUUUAAUGCAUUAACAAUGAAAAUGCCUUGCUUUGUGGUACGAGUGCUAUUCAGGUAAUUUUGAACUUGCUAAUUAAGUAAAUAAACGGUGUCAUUCAGUUCAGCACUUGGCCACUUUAUGUUUUCAUGAAAAUCAUAAUUUGUUAUACUUUUACUAGCAGAUACAGUUCAUAUGUACUGGAACAGGCCAGACGUGGAACAUUAAUGUUUAUUUGAAACACUCAGAGAGUCUUACUUGAGUCUCAAUGGCCAGUACUUUUUUUUUUAAAUGCCUUGAAUAUCUCAAUUGCCCAGUAUUACUAUUUCAUAUUCAUUUAUAAUUUUGAUCAUGCUCAAUAAAUACAAUGGUAUUUUCACA